AUGUGUAUCGAUCCGGUUCUUCAACAUGUGAAAGACAAGAGGAAUGUCAUUCUUUUUGGAAUUGAAUCACAUGUCUGCAUCUUGCAAACAGCACUUGAUUUGCUUGAAAACAAUAUAAAUGUUCAUGUGGUUGUUGACGGGACGAGCAGUCGAACACAAGAAAGCAGAAAGUAUGCUUUCAAGCAAAUGAAACAAGCGGGCGCGGUGCUGACAACGAGUGAAAGUGUCAUUUUGGGGCUCCUUGAUGGAGCUGAUCAUCCAAAGUUUAGAGAAGUUCAAAAGUUGAUCCUCCAAAGCGCACCGGUUACAGAUCUUUGCAAGUUG